CAGCAUCUUCCAGUCCUGAUUAUGCCCUCGCAGCCACCCGCUUUUGGUUUUCAUCCACUCUAGUGGCCCGUGAGAGGCCGGUGCCUGCUCUCGCGCGGCCCUGAUGACAGCCCUCCGACCCCUGGGCCCAGGCUGCUGGGUGUUCUUGAGCGCCGGAGGCUCCACAAACCCAGGCUCGGCAAGGGGAGGUGGCUGGCCCGCCGCCGGGGCUGGCAGUUCCCAUGGCGCCGCCUCUAGCCCCGCUCCCCGCCUUAGAACCAAACGGGGCCGGGUCCGAGUGGAGGAAGCCCUGGGCCGUGAGAUUCGCGGACGUGGCCGUGUACUUCUCUCCGGAGGAGUGGGGGUGUCUGCGGCCAGCGCAGAGGGCCCUGUAUCGGGACGUGAUGCGGGAGACCUACGGCCACCUGGGCGCGCUCGGAGUCGGAGGCACCAAGCCGGCGCUCAUCUCCUGGGUGGAGGAAGAGGCUGAACUGUGGGGUCUGGAUGCCCAGGAUCCGGAGGUGGCGAAGUGUACGACAGAAGCGGACCCAGAUUCCAGAAACAAGGAAGAGAAAAGACCAAGGGAAGGGACUGAAGCACUGGAGAAGACCCUUCCGGUGGCUGCCCGGCCUCUUGGGCUGAAGGCUCCCCAGCUCCCCUCUGCUGGGUUCCCUUAUGGUUUGGAGCAGGCGUCCAAGGUGUCUCGCCGGGGUCGUCCCCCGCUCUGUGCCCACCCCCCUGUCCCACGAGCAGACAAGCGCCAUGGCUGCUACAUGUGCGGGAAGAGCUUUGCCUGGCGCUCCACGCUGGUGGAGCACCUCUACAGCCACACAGGCGAGAAGCCCUUCCGCUGCCCUGACUGCGGCAAGGGCUUCAGCCAGGCUUCCUCCCUCAGCAAGCACCGGGCCACCCACCGAGGGGAGCGGCCCCACCGCUGCCCUGACUGUGGCCGGGCCUUCACCCAGCGCUCUGCCCUCACCACCCACCUGCGGGUCCACACUGGCGAGAAGCCCUACCGCUGUGCUGACUGUGGCCGCUGCUUCAGCCAGAGCUCUGCCCUCUACCAGCACCAGCGGGUGCACAGUGGCGAGACUCCCUUCCCCUGCCCGGACUGUGGCCGCGCCUUCGCCCAUGCUUCAGACCUUCGGCGCCACGUGCGCACCCACACGGGCGAGAAGCCCUACCCAUGCCCAGACUGCGGGCGCUGCUUCCGCCAGAGCUCGGAGAUGGCAGCCCACAGGCGCACUCACAGUGGCGAGCGCCCCUACCCAUGUCCUCAGUGUGGCAGGUGCUUUGGCCAGAAAUCAGCCAUGGCCAAGCACCAGUGGGUCCAUCGGCCAGGGGCCAGGGGGCGCAGGGGCCGGGGUGCUAGUGGGCUGUCUGUGCCCCUAGCUCCUGGCCGAGGGGACCUGGACCCACCUGUGGGCUUCCAGCUCUACCCAGAGAUAUUCCAGGAGUGUGGGAGGUGGCCUCAAAAGUGACAAGGGAAAGGGUAAAGCUCUAGACAUUGCCUGAGGCCGAAGAUGGGCUCAGGGGCCUGAGCCUCUGGCAGCCUGCAGGGAGGGCUAAGGAUUCUUGGCAAGAGCUGGGCCUGGGGCAUGAGCACAGUUGCAUCGUAGGCCCUCACCAGCUUCAUCUGCUGACACCUUGCUCCCUCCUGCCCCAGACCAGAGGUUCCCUUUGCUGAGGCAGGGUUGAGGUAAGAACCCCCACUAAUCCUCCAUAUGGGGAAGCAAAGGCUGUUUCUUAGCUCAGAAGUGUUAAAGGGAGAACCUCAUUUUACCCAUUGUGUUUUUAUUGCACAAGUUAAAAACCGAUGGCCAUGUACUGAAUGUAUUUAUGUAUUUAUUUUGGCCCAGGCAGUGUUUUUAAGUGUAAUGAAUUUGUAGUCAAGAUUUAAAAGUCGGGAUAUUUUACACAAAAAUCCCAGUUUCUGGCUUCUCUUGAAAAAUCCAAAGAUUUGGCAACUCAACCCAAGCUCCCACAAAACCACAGUUGAUGGGAGCCGGGCAGCAGCUGCCCAUGCGGUCCUGCCACUCCUUGGCGGCUCAAACCAAGCAUCGGCGCCAGUCAUCAUGGCUCGCUUUUAGUGUUUUUGGUGUUUUUCUUAAAGUAGAGCAAAGAAGAACGUGAAGUAUUUUUUGAACCCACAUAUCUGCCAAAGCAGGCUGUCUCCACCUGGCAUUUCCCACUCAUCUGUCCGACCUGCUGGGCUCCUGUGGUCAUUUGAAUUUGCAAACUGUGGCCUACAGCAUUGAGGGUUUCUGGGCUCGGAGAGAAAGGAUGGCAGGUAGAAAGCACAUAUGUGACAUGGCAGCAGGAGAAAAGUAAAAGCAGCCUUUAUUUUAG